UUCACUGAUAGGAUGGCAAUGCGGAAGGGUCUGGCAUCUAAAGCCAGCAACAAGUUGGUGAUCACCUCAGUUGCCUUUCAAGAUCACAUCACACGCAGCCUGCUGCAUCCAGAUUUCCCACUUUCUGACCCUUUGCUGAGAUGCAGAAGAAAAGCACCUAGAAAAAGGGUGGAGGAAAGGACACUGCGGGCACAGGAUCACCAAGACAACAGGGAAUAUGUGCUUGAUUCUGCUCCACCUCCUUUAACAUUAGCUCAGAAGUUGGGUUUGGUGGCCUCCCCUGCAGGGAGACUGACAGAGGACGAAUGGACUCAGGUCAAGGCGAGGUCUGUUCAGCAGGGGGACUCAGCUCAGCCCUGUGCAGUAUGCAGGGAGGAGUUUCGCCUUCAUCCUCAGGUGUUGCUGUCUUGCUCUCAUGUUUUCCAUAGAGCAUGUUUGCAAGCCUUUGAGAGGUUUUCUGGGAGGAAGUGCUGCCCAAUGUGCAGAAAGGAGCAGUAUGAGACACGGGUGAUUCACGAUGCAGCUCGCCUCUUCAGACACCAGUCUGCCACCAAGAUUCAAGCAUGCUGGCGAGGCUAUGCUGCUCGAAAAAGAUACAGAAAAUUGAGAAAAUCCAUUUGCCCAAAGGACAAACAACUACGACGGAAAUUCUUUGAAGCAAAGUUGCAGGAGUUGAAUGACAGCUUUGUCCGAUACUGUCACACCGACACGGAGGCUUUUCUGAGUGAUAUCAACCGCUCCCUGUCAUCAAGCAGACGAGUGUUCCAGCAGCUGGAGAGAAAACACGUCUCCGAGCCUCAGGAGAGCGACUGGGACCGAAUACAGAGCCAGGUUAUCCACAGAGGCGUCUGGGACUGCCCCAUCUGCCUGACUGCAUUGUGCAGCCCGAGCCUCCCAACAGAAGCAGACACAUCCAGCCAUCAACAACGUAGACGCACCGUGCUUCUGUCCUGUUCCCAUGUCUUCCAUCAGCGCUGUCUAGAGGCCUUUGAGUCCUUUUCUAUAGAGAGCAGACCCUCCUGUCCCCUAUGCAGAUCUGUCUACCACAAAAAACUCAUCUAACCAGGUACACAUUUACACAAGACAGCAUUUUAGAUCAUCUCAUGAUGUAAUAUUUGUAACUUGAUGAAAGGAAUAGUUCCAUGUAAACAUGACAGUUUUUGGUUUAUCAGGAGUGACAGGCUGUAACUAUAUCUUGGCAAACAGCAGCCAAUUGCAGUAGCUUCUGCAGUCAUGUCAGUGUGAGGUUGGCAGGCAACCUUCAGAUAGAUAGAUAGAUAGAUAGAUAGAUAGAUAGAUAGAUAGCUUAUUGUCCAUCUCAGUGGCUUCUCUCAAAAAUCAAAGGUACACACAGACACACGACACAAUACAUAUAUGUUUGUGUGCUGGUUAAAGGAGUACUUUACCCACAAAAUGACCAUUGGGAUAUCUUUUACUCAAUUUGUGAAGAAUACUUAUACUUACUAAUACUUACUAUACUUUUCUUACAUGCCACAAGGGUAGACGAAGAAUCAGAGAACUGUGUAAUUCUUGAUGAACUGAAGUCAUAGGGGGACCUAAGGCUGUGACGAUAACUGCAUCACUGCAAUACCAGGGUCACGUCAUCACGUUUGUUUGUUUUUUAUUUUACUUUUUUUCUUGGUGCCAAUACAAUAAACUCAUUAAAAAAUACACUACUUUGGUUCUGGUGCAGCCCCUCUGUCUGCAGUCAUGACUCUGUAGCCACGCUCAAUGUCCCGCCAACAUCACUGACUGGUUAGACGUCACAAGUAUUAGCUUAUCAACAGUGAAGGCUGCUGUGCAACAGUAAACAGGCAGAAUUAGACCUGUAUGUUGAACGCAAGACGGCAGAUAUUACUGGUGGUAAACCGCAAAACCGCGAUGAUGCGUUACUUUUUCACCGUGAUAAGAAAAACUCUCUACUGUCACAGCCCUAGGGUGGCCAUGUUUAACAACAGCAAAACUAUAUCAAAACAUCUGUUUACAAACUCCUGCAGUAUAAUCAAGUCUCAUUUAUCCAGUCAGAUACUCAGUACCUCCCAAAUGCAUGCAUUUUCACUAAAUCCUAACUAUUUAAAACACUAAUGCAUAAACAGUCUCAUGCACAGAUAAGGAGUGCGCCUGGGCAACUCAAUGAAAUGUACGGGCAUAGUUCAAAUGCACGUAUUUGCCCAUGUGCACCGCUUGUAUUUAGUAAUGUUUUAAAAAGUAAAGUUUUAGCUAAAUAGCAUGCAUUUGGGAAGUACUGAGCAUUGUAACUGGAUAAAUGAGACAUGGGUUAAACUGCGGGGGUUGUAUGAGAGUUUGUGAACAGCCUGCCUUUAAUUAAUGAAGACUCUGCCAUUUUUGGAUUCUUCGUUUACCAUGUAAGCAUUCCAGAAAAACAUUACUUUACGAAUUCAAUAUAACACUGGGUGAGUAUUUGAUAUGCAAAUAAUAAUUUUGUGGGAGAGGUAUUCCUUUAAACAGCACACAAACAAUAAUGGGGAAAGAACAGUUUGUGAGUUUACAGAGGCACAUGCUGUAAUACACAUUUUUGGGAUUUUUAAUUUUAAUUAUUUUUUCAUUUUGGACAGUGCUAGGUUAGCUUUUCCCCCGUUUCCAGUCUUUAUGCUUAGCUACCCUAAAUAGGUCCUGGGUCUAGCUCCUGGUGCACAGACAGGAGACUGUAUCAAUUCUCUCAUGUGACUCUUGGCAAAAAAUUAAAUGUUUACCAAAAUGUCAAACUACUCUGUUAACUCAUCUGUCAAUACUGAGUUCCAGGGUUUCACAAUGACGAAGGAAAAUAUGUUCACAAAGCAUUUUUCUACUUUUAUUUGCAAACACACAAACAUCAAAAAAAUAACGAAACAUACAUUUAGCAAACUGAGAAAUUGUAAAAAAAUACAUUCACAAAACAUGUACCAAAAUUUACAUGCAGAGACCAACUGACA